CAUAGUUUACAUUGGAGUCCGAUCAUCUGCUAUGUGCGUAAAGCAACGGACUUUGUUGUUUUACAAAUUAUUCGAAAUUAGGGAUAACCAAACACAACAAUGACGAUAUUUUCUGUAAAUAAUUGUUCUCAGGAGAACGUUUUCCUUAGACUGUCACCUAGAUAGCUGAAUGUCACUGUCUUUAUCGUACUUGAAACCAGAAGACAAGCUCAAGUCAAGAAAGAAUACCUGAGCGAAUAUCUUCCUGUUUAUGCGUUUUCGUUUAUAUAUUUUUGUCGUCAGUUGAGAAACGUUUCAAUAUGGAUAACUACACCAGAGUGAGGAAAAUCGGAGAGGGUGCUUUUGGAAAAGCAUUGUUAGUGAAAUCAAAAGCAACUGGAGGGCAAUUUGUUAUCAAAGAAAUCAGCAUCGGAAGGAUGAAUCAAAAAGAAAGAGUAGAAUCACGGAAAGAGGUUGCGGUGCUGGCUCAACUGAAGCAUCCCAACAUUGUGGCCUACAGAGAGUCUUUUGAGGAGAAGGGCUGCUUGUUUAUCGUGAUGGAUUUCUGUUCAGGAGGAGACCUCUAUGGUCGAAUCAAUAGUCAGAGAGGAAUGUUAUUUACAGAAGACCAGAUAAUGAACUGGUUCGUCCAAACAUGCCUGGCUAUCAAACACAUCCACGACAGGAAGAUCUUGCACAGAGACAUCAAGUCACAGAACAUAUUUCUGACCAGUGAUGGAAGGAUACAAAUUGGAGAUUUUGGUAUUGCCAAAGUCUUGAACAGCACUGUGGAGUUGGCUCGGACUUGUAUCGGUACCCCGUACUACCUGUCCCCAGAGAUAGUGGAGAACAAGCCCUACAACAACAAGAGUGAUAUCUGGUCUUUAGGCUGUGUUCUUUAUGAACUGACAACAUUGAAACAUGCAUUUGAAGCUGGCAAUAUGAAAAACCUAGUACUGAAGAUUAUCAGAGGUUCGUACCCUCCAAUACCACCCAAGUACACCUAUGAACUGAGGGGCCUGAUAGCCCAGUUGUUUAAGAGAGCUCCUAGAGAUCGUCCGUCAAUAAACUCCAUUCUCAAGAAGAAUUUCAUCAUACCAAGAGUUAGAAAUUUAUUAACAGAAGAGAAAAUGGCAGAGGAGUUCAGCCACACACUUUUACAUGGACAGAAGAUAGCUCGUGCCUUACCCCCGCCCCCCAGACCUGCCUCAGCCGGACCGAAAAGGGCAGCUCCAUCACCCAGACCUGGCUCCGCAGCAGGGCGGUACAACCCGGCUGCUGUGUACGGAGCUCCUCUAGCACGGAAGUCCAAGGAAGUCCGACCUGACCUAAAGAAGAGGAACGCCAGUGGAGGAAAGAUCAUCCCAGGACAGCAGGACUGGGAGAGGAGGAAACAGGACUUGGUUCAGAAGGAAAACAAGAGACGAGAAGACAUGAAGAAGAGGGAGCAGGAAAUGUAUGCCAGACAACACAAGGACCUGGUUGAGAGACAGAAGAUGGCUCGCAUGAACAAGGCUCGAGAGGAGGGAUGGAAGGGCCUCAUUGACUCAGUCGGCUCUGAUGACAACAACCCCCCGCCAGCUAAUCCUAACCCUGUCCCCAGACCUCUGCCAAGGCCUGCUGUGGUUGGCCCUGAGGAGAACAAGGUUCCCCUGAAGGAGCGAGGCAACUACGACCAGUACAGCGACUACCUCAACAGGAUCAAGGGAGAACGCAAUGCCCGAGGUCAUGAGGCACCUCCUGUUCCAGCACCGAGGCAGAAUCCAGGGAACUACAUGGCAGCACCUAGGCCAGGUCAGCAGUAUGGUCAGAACAAGGCCGAUCGAGACUACAUCAACCGGGCGUUACAGCGAGGACCCAAUGUCGUCAACAAUCAUGUGAAGCAGGCUGAGGAAAACAGACGUGCUGCAGCACAGGCCUCCGAGAGAGCUAGACUUGCUGAGGACUUUAUCAACAGGAAGAGAGCAGCGGCUUUAAACAAACAGAGGGGGCACGCACAGAUGUAUGGGUACACCCCUCCGGCUACCCCUAUUUCUCGACCGGGCUCUGCAAAGGGCGGUAAACCAGGUGGUGGUGCUGCCAAUGCCAGGAACAGAGAGGAACAGGAGUACCUGGAGAAGCUGAGGCAGAUCCGGGAACAGAACAUGCGGGAACGCCGGAAGAUGCAGGGAAAAGAAGAACAGCCACCAAGUGGUCAAAGUGAACAGGAAGCCAGAAAGAAGAAGAUGGAAGCUUUGAGGAAGCAGGCUGAUGAGUGGUCCCAGAAGAAGAAGGAAGAGUUGGACAAGGAGAAGCAGCAGAUCAUGAAGAGAAUGAAGGAGAGAGAGGAAUAUAUGAAACAAAGAGAAGAGCAGAGGGCUAGAGAAAACAGGCCGUCAACACCCAAAGUGAACUUGAAGCCAGUGGCAGCAGUGCCUAUCACAGGGGCUCUACAUGCAAUAGGGGCAGUCGAGGAGGCGAAGUCCCCGGAUAGACCCAAGAGUGCUAAGCAGCAAAAGAAAGAUGAAAUACUGAAGCGAUUAAAUGAUAAGGGUCAAGGUCGAAGUCAGUGGGAUAACCCUUCGACCCCUGACCUUGCAAUACAGGAGGAGGACGAUGGGUCAGGGACGGCAAGGUCGAAGUGGGGUGAAGCUGAUAAAGGGGAUCUGGCCCAUCUACCCCUCGAACAAACUGCCUCGCAAAUGGAAGCAACCUCUGCAGGAGACCAGGUUGUAAAGUCAGGAGUUACCUCCCCUCCACCAGUGACCCCCCGGAACCAGUGGGGCAAGCCGAGUGAUACACUGGUUGGUGCUCUGCAGAAGAUGCCGAUCUGUGAUGCCACUAUGACCAUCAACAGUAACCGGUCAGGUGGCAGCACCAGCUCCCAGGGUUCUGAGUCACCAGCACCACCCUCCCCAUCUCCUGUAGUACCCCCAAUCUCAUCCGGGGUGGGCGCCACCAUCACCAUCUCCAAGACACCCAUACAGAAAGGAACCAUAACAAUUAAAGCUGCUGAUGAUGCUGCAGUGGCAAAAGCUGCCAAAGAUGCAGAGGCUGAUACUGCUGAGAAAACUUCCACACAGCCCAGCGAGGAAUCAGAUAUAAUUGGUCAAGAAGAAAAACCUUCAACCAAUGAAAUUGCAGAGGUCAUUGAUGAGAAAGAGGAAGAGAGUACUAGCCAAUCGGAGGAUGUGAAACAAGCUGAUAUCAAGCCCAGUGUUAGUGAUGAUAAGGUGAAGGUUACUGAUGUGGAGAGUCUGGAGGUGGAGGAGGUUGAAGAGGAGAUGGAGGAGGUUAAGGAGAAGGUGGAGGGACUCCAGGAUGUCACAGUGGAAGAGAAAUCUGGUAUUGCUCACAAAGCUGCUGAUGUCUUUCCUAAACCUAGGCUUCUUCCUAAACCAGAUCUGCCCGAGGAACUAUUUGUGACUGGCCCUGACGUUGUGCGGAGUCAGGGGGCAGGCAGCCUGUUUGACAAGGUGGAGCUGGAGGAAGAGGAGGAGGAGGAGGAGAAGAAGCAGGUGCUUGUCAAGAGCAUGGAUGGAAGUGGUGAUGGGAACAAGCUGGUUACCAAGGGAAUAACAACAGGCCAGUUUGACCUCCGAGAUAUUGGGUUGAUGCGGACGGCAUCGGAGCCUGAUCUGUCAAAGCUGGGCAAGUCUGAGUGUGAGAGCCCCGCCAAACCCAUGCUGACCCGGCACAUGAGCAUGGACCUCAGCGUUGUAGAGGAAGAGGCUGGAACCGAAGAGGAAACCACCCCAGAAACCUCACCAAGAAAUGACCAAUCAAAGUCCCCGCUUUCACCAGUCAGCCAAUCAGAGGAGACUGAGAAGAGUGGGGAAGCUGUAGCCUCUGAUGAGGAAGCCGAUGGGAACUCAAAGAAGACUGAAGACAGUGUUGAGGAGGAAGAUGAUGAUGACUAUGAUGAUGAUGACCUUAUGAGUGUCCGAGCUACGAUGCAGAGCCUCCUUAUUGAUGAUGACAGUGGGGGCUCCAAUAAGAUCCCAUUCAGUCUGUCCACUGAAGAUGCUGGAGAACAACCCGAUGGAGAGGACAGUCAGGGAGGAGAUGAAAAUGGGGAGGGAGCGGAAGGAGAGCAAGAAGAAGUGGAGGAGGAAAAUAAAUAUGAGGAUGACAAUGAUGAUGACAAUGAUGAAGAAUUGAAACGACUUAUUGAUGGUGAUGAUGAUGAUGACAGAAUCUCCACAUCAGAUCUCUUUGAUGACAGUGAUGGAGAGACGCAGUUCGGGGAUGAUGAUGAUGACGAUGAUGACCUGUUCAGUCGUCUGGAGCAGCAGCGAGCUGAGCUGGAGGCAGCUCUUGGAGACAAGCUCAUUGAGGUCUACAAGGCUGUUCAGGCACUGCAGGAGGAUGAAGAUGGCAACAUGGAGGAGGGAGCAAGGAUGGCCAUGGAUAUGCUGGGGAAAGAACAGGAACACCUCUACCCAAAAAUAUUCCAGCUAGUUUUGUCUGACACUGCUUACACUGAAGAUAAUGCUUAGAAGACACCCACCUAUCUGUUGAACGAGUCAUCAUGGAAAGUGUUGCUGUCGACAUCCCCGACAACACCCAUGUCUCAUGUGAUAUCAAGGCAGGAAGAUUUCUUCUGCUGCCUGGAAAAUGUGAUCACAGGAAUUCCAAUCCAUCUUGAUUCCCAGGAGAAUAAACAUCUCUUCCAUUUUUGGAAGUGAGAUAAAUUCCUUCUUACUUCUGGGAAACAAUCACAAGAAUUCAAAUCCAUCUUGAUUCCAGUGAAGGAGUAUAAAAAUCUCUUCUAUUAAUGGAAAUUAGGAAUAUAUGAAUUCUACAGAAGUAUUCCAUUGUAGGAAGUGAAAAGAGAAUGAAAAUCUCUUCCGAUGUCGGAAGUUAGGCAGAUAUGAAUUCUAAUUAAGGAUUUUUAAAAAAAAUCCAUUGUUGGAAGUGAAAAGAGUAUUAUGCUUUUGAACAGAAUCUAUUUGAUACUUAGACAUACGUUGAUAGCAGCGUUAUGGAGGUCAACAUAUUUACAUAUUAUAUGUAUAACCAUAUUGUUCAAUGUUGUUAAAUAUUGCAGGUAAAUGGUAUGGGAUACGCAUAAAAACUACAUUGGUAUUUGGUCACAGAUCAUUGGGAUCCUUCUGAGGAUCGAAAAUUGUUACAGUUUAGCAAGCUUUUUUGUGAUUUUGCUUCAAAUUGUUGAUGUACAUAUAUCAAACACAUUCUGCAAUAGUAGUUCUGUAAAUUGUGUGACUUCUAUUGAAAGAAUAUCGAACGAAUAACGUUUUUUGUUCGCUUAUGUUUCAAAGAUAGGGUAACUUUACUUUAAACUCAUAUUGACUUGACUGCUAAUACAGGUCGUGUUUUCGUAGGGGGGG